AUGGCAUCCCACGAUGUGCGUGAUGUUUUGAAUCUGCCGGCCGACGGUGCCGGGCCACGACCUACCAAGAAGCAGAGGACGACAGCGCCGCGACCGAAUCUGAAAGGUCUCGCGCGAGAAGUGCAGAACCUCGGAGGAGACAAUCCCAUAGCCAUAGUUCCGCAAAUAUCAUCGUUCAAGAAAAGGCGGUUUGGCAGUAGGAAACCGGCAGUGAAAUGGGAAAUGCGCUCCUUCAAGAAUUCGGCACGCGACGACCCUACCCUGAUACUUAGGCAUUGGAGGCGCAAAGACGAGACUUCAAGGCCGCAGCCCGAACAGGCAAACGGCCAAAAUGGCGAGGAUAAGAUGGAGCUGGACCAGAAGGACGAGGAAUUUGAGGACUCGUCUUUUGCCAAAUUCAACGUCAAAGUUCACAUUCCGGAAUACAGCGAUGACCAAUACAACUCGAGCCUAGUCAGCGAAACAUGGACGAAGGAGGAGACGGACUACUUGUUGGAGACCGUCCGAGACUUUGACUUGAGAUGGGAAUUGAUAUGGGAUCGAUACGAAUAUGAGCCAAAGGUUGCAGAACCCACGAAUGGAGAUGAGCCCAGCAGUACGAGCACCGCUAUGGUCCAGGCCCGAAAACCACGUACCAUGGAGGAGCUCAAAGCGCGUUAUUACGAAGUUGCAGCCAAGAUGAUGGCUGUCACUAAGCCAGUCCAGUACAUGAAUGCCGACGAGUUCGCCCUUCACAAGAUUAUGACCAACUUCGAUUCUACAGCCGAGACCCGUCGUAAAAAGUUUGCAGAAAAUCAACUGAGCCGCUCUAAGGAAGAGGCUCGUGAGGAGGAGUCGCUCUUGAUCGAAGUGAAGCGGAUCAUGGCCCGGCAGGAGAAGUUCAACUCUGAGCGCAGAGAACUGUACAAUCGGCUGGACUACCCGCAGACGGAAACUACACAGGAUCUCUCUGCCUUCAAGACCAGCAAUGGCUUGCAAACUCUACUCCAAAACCUGAUGAGUGUUGACAAGUCAAAGAAGCGCAAGUCACUCAUGGGCACUGACGGCCAAACCACUCCCGCCUCAGCAGGACCUUCUGCACACCCUGGUUCUACACCUGUAGCUGACCCCCGGCGUGAGAGUGUCGCAGCAUCGACAACUAGUGGCCAUCGCGAUUCGGUCAGCGCAGCAGAAGGCCGCCCAGAGAAACCCACCAAGAAGGGUGCCGCUGCGCAACCGCAAGAACGCCGCAAGCUCACUGAACAGGAGGAACAAAUCUAUGGUGUCACAACCACGGCUGAUCGCCUGUCUAGUGGACCGACUUUCCGCUAUGAACGGAUCAAUAAAAUCCUCACGACGAAAUCAAAUGCCCAGCAUCAGCGUAUAACAAACACACUCGCUGAGCUUGAUGUUCCGGCUCGGCUCAACAUGCCAACCAAGGAUGUCGUUGAGCAGAUGGAAAGACUACUGGCUAAUGUCCAGACGCUUUUGGAUCUUAGGAAGGUCAGCGAUAAACUAGAUGGUGAGCUCAAGCUCGAGCAGGCCAAGAAGGCAGAACGCGACAAAUUGAAUGGUGUGACGGCCGAACCCAAGGCAGCUGAAGAAUCGUCAAAUGCGCCCGCCAGUAACGCUAAGGAGGACCCCAAGGCUGACGCAGCUGCAAAGACUGGGGAUGCAGCAGCCGGUACCACGUCAUCUACUGAUGAAGCAGCCAAACCCGACCAGCCUGCUCUGAAUGGGGACGCCCAAGGCCAAGUCGACUCUACCACCAACAAAGAGAAUGAGGACAAAUCAGCAGAAAUUAAGCAAGAGGCAACAGAGGACAAGACGAAUCGUCCGUCUAGUAGUGGUGGGCACAAGAGAAGCGCAAGUGAAAUCAGUGCAGCCAGUGAUCAGAGCGCCAAGAGGCAGAAAAAGUAG